AGAUUAGGACAGUUCAAGGCACCCUUUAAAAUUAUAGACAGUCCCAAGGCACCCUUUAAAAUUAUGGACAGCCCCAAGGCACCCUUUAAAAUUAUGGACAGCCCCAAUGCACCCUUUAAAAUUAUAGACAGUACCAAGACACCCUUUAAAAUUAUGGAAAGUCCCAAGGCACCCUUUAAAAUUAUGGACAGCCCCAAGGCACCCUUUAAAAUUAUGGACAGUCCCAAGGCACCCUUUAAAAUUAUGGACAGUCCCAAGGCACCCUUUAAAAUUAUGGACAGUCCCAAGGUACCCUUUAAAAUUAUGGACAGCCCCAAGGCACCCUUUAAAAUUAUGGACAGUCCCAAGGCACCCUUUAAAAUUAUGGACAGCCCCAAGACACCCUUUAAAAUUAUGGACAGCCCCAAGGCACCCUUUAAAAUUAUGGACAGUCUUGAGGCACCCCUUUCUAAUAUGUGAAAAAC